AUGUUACCAUCACUUUUCAUUGUAUUUGCCGCAAUUAUCAUUGCUGUGGAAAGUUUUAACUGUCCUGGAGGUCAGCUAACGCCAAAGCAACGUGAAAAGAUCGUUCGUCAGAAUAAUGUAUUGCGCUCACGAUUGAUUAAGGGAAAGCUUAAAAAUAAAGAUGGCAAAUAUAUGCCACGUGGAAAGAAUAUGCUCCAAUUGACGUGGAACUGUCAACUGGAAAAUUCCGCGCAAAGAUGGGCAGAUCAGUGUGUUUUUGGACACUCACCAAGACAUCUCAGAGUGGGAAUCGGUGAAAAUGUCUAUGCUUAUUGGUCAUCAGCGAGUGUUGAAAGUCGAAAAAAUAAUGCUGGUACAGAUGCUGGCAAAAGCUGGUGGGAAGAACUUCCAAAAGUAUACAAAAAUAAUCCACCAAAUAUGUUGACUGCUAAUGUUAGCUUCGGUGCUUUGCAUUUUACACAGAUGGCCUGGGGUAAAACGCAUGAAAUUGGCUGCGGUAUUGCUACAUACUGCGAUGGUGGUCGUACGCUCAUGGUCAUUUGUCAGUAUAAGCCUGCCGGAAAUAUGCAGGGAGAUUUGAUAUAUGAACUUGGCGAACCAUGCAAAAAGGAUAGCGAUUGUGCUACGAAGAAAUGCAAUCCAAAAUCUGGAUUGUGUCGAAAAUAA